GCAAGAAAUUUAACAAUGGCGUCACAAGCUGAACCAGACCUUGAGCAAGUACGACGCGAGGUGUUUCAGAAAUUGAAGACAGAUGACAAUGCAGACUAUACAAGAUUUGAAAAUGAUCCAGAUGCACUGAAACAAGCCGAGUCAGCAAUUAAACAGACAUAUAACGAACUAGAGAAUAUGAUGACUCAUGCAAACUCGCUUGACGAAGCGCUUGCACAUCUGUCACUAGAAAGACAAGAGCUGAUCAAAACAACUUUCCGCCUUCAGAGCUUUAAAGUUGAUAUACAGCGCCAGGCUGACGGAUCUGUAAAUCUACUGUUCGAAUCUGUAACAGGUACCCCGUUAUCGUUUGUUCCAUCCAUUGUGAAACUGGACGACAAAAACUCCACGGAGACCCGCGUACUGCUGUACGCAAGAAUUGUCUAUGAGAUCGUCGCUAUGGUUUUGAAUCUUGUCGGUAUUACUGUGACACCAUCAUCAGAGGCUACUAAAGAAGCUAUAAAGUUUAUCACUCGGACUUUAACUGCAUACGACAGAAUUUACCAAGAUUUGGAUAAAAUGAUUGCUGCCGCAGAUGAAGGUGAUAUGUAUAAAGUUGCUAGAUGCAUAGUCGCAUGUUUGAUCGACCUGUUUACAAUCGUUGGAACUCCAAUACUAGCCUUGGUCAGAAUUUUUGUCCAGGAUAUGUCUUGGAUAAACAUCAUCAUCUGCGUAUGUCAAGCAUUAUGCUUCCUUGCACUCCUGUUUUUAACAGGCGGUGCUGCUGUGCUUGUCAAGGUAAUUUCUUGGGUGUUGAGAGCAGCCUUCUUCAUUAACAAGUUAACACAAAUGAACGAUUUUAAGAAACUCAUGUAGCCCAGCUGUUCUUAUUGACGUCUAUUCGGAUACAUCGACCGUUACCAUGCAAACUCAUACAGACAUGGCUAAUUUGAUUUAUACCGGUAAUGAUUGCUUGUAAGACGUUUCAUUUAACCUUUCUUGUUUUAUAUAGACAGUCAUAGAGAUAUAGAUGUGCAUUAAAUUGAGCGUUGAAACUUGCUUCGUACCUUUUAGUUUUUACGAAUUGAAAGCGCUCAUGUUAAAAACUUUAAUAAGACUGAAUAGAUCUAUUGUUUAUGAAUAACCAAAUGAAAAUGUACAAAACGCAUUCUUUGAUAGUAAUCUGUUUUAUCUUUUAUUGCAACCGUAGCUGGGUCUGCUGUAGUGGUGGCAACUUGGAGCUACAAACUAAAAAUGUUAUAACGUGACAUGAAGUAAAAGCUGUUCAAGAUAUCAAACUUGUUAGGAAAGAAAGGAAGUAAAAUGAACACAGCAUAAUAUUUCUUUGUUUUAUUUGCAAUUUAUAUUUUUUGUAAUCACAAGAUUAUUUAUACAUGAUAUAUCAUCAUUCUACAUUAGCUUCAAAGACAGUCUGAAUAUGUCAAACCUGAAUUUUUAGAGUGCUUAUUGCUACCAAAUGUGAGUAUUUGAGCGAAUUAUAAUCAUGACAAAGUAUAUAAUAUUUAAUAUUCAUUGAUCUGCGACACUAAAAUGUAAUAAUGAAUAAUAAAUAAAAGACAAAAAUACUAUAUUUGAAGAGAUAGAUAUAUAAUUUACUGUUUGAAAUACUUGAAUGUUUCCAAGGACUGAAUAAAAGAAGUAAAAGUGUCAGUUUCUGAGACAACAUUGACAGAAAUUCUUGUAUAAACAGAAAAGCUACCAUCGCCACUAAUAAGUCGUAAAAAGAGAAAUAACUACGUGAGACUAUUUUUGUCCAUGCUUUCUAAGAGAUAACAUUUCCUUUUCAGCAGCUAAAGAAUUAACGAUUUUAAAUUGAUUUUGGCACGUUGAUAGUCUAAACACGGCUUUUCU